GUGUUCAGACACACGCAGGCAGCGUUCAUUGCGCAGACCGCACUACUUCUUCUGUCCGUCUUCCUGAACGCCACCAAAACCAAUGCAACCCACUCGCUGAAGAUCUCCCACCAGAUGUUUUCAGCGCAUGGACACGCAACAUGGGCUCCAGACUCAGACAAAACCCUGAGCGAACAUUUAAUGUGUUCUUUGAGGCAAGUUGUCCUGCAACCAGGGACAAAGACCCGAGCAUACGUCUUCAGUUCCCAGAUGACUUCAGAGAUGAGGAGUCUUUGUCUCGGUUCUGCUUCCCCUAUGACAUACAAAAGAUGGGCGAGGGCGUGGCUGUGCAGCACUUUUCGUUUGCUCUCACCGACCUCGAGGGAUGCCAACGCUUCGGCUUCUGUCGUCUUAGCAACAGAGCUCGGACGUGCCUUUGUAUGCUCAGCUACCUUCCAUGGUUUGAAGUAUUCUAUAAACUUCUCAACAACCUUGCUGACUACAUCACAAAGGGACAGACCAAUGAGAUGGAUGUGAUGCUCACUACUCUCUACAAGCAGUCCAUACCACUGACCGCUGGAUCGGCCACACUGCAGAUGGUUCCAUACUUCAUUGCUCCAGACCCCAGCAACCUCCCUUCCAUUCCUGAAAAUAGGAACUUGACUGAGCUGAUUGUGGCAGUGGACGUGGCGAACCUUCUGCAGCUCUAUGCCAGCAUGCUGUUUGAGAGACGCAUUCUCAUCCUAGCCUGCAAACUCAGCACUCUGACAUCGUGUGUGCACGCGCUGGGGGCUUUGUUAUACCCCAUGCACUGGCAACACAUCUUCAUCCCAGUCCUCCCACCUCACCUACUGGACUACUGUUGCGCACCUAUGCCAUACCUGAUAGGGGUCCACAGCAGUCUAUCUGAGAAGGUGAGGAGUCGUGGUUUGGAGGAAGUUGUCAUUUUGAAUAUCGACACAAACAUAUUGGAAACCCCCUUCAAUGACCUGAAGAAGAUACCUUCCGUUGUGACGUCUGGAUUGAAGCUUUGUUUGAAACGUGAGGCGGUGUCUCCUGGUUGUGGGGUCUCGCUGGCUUUUCUCAAGGCCCAAUCUCUCUUGUUUGGAAGAUACAGAGAUGCACUGCAGACUCAUGAGGGGGGCGAGAUAUGGUUCAAUGAAGAUGUGUUCCUAAAUCACAAGUCACACAGUAUGCAGAGGUUUCUACAGAGUGCCAUUCAUUUGCAGUUUUUCAAACAGUUCAUUGACGGACGCCUGGAUAUCCUAAACACCGGGAAAGUACCCGAGGACCUCUUUGAAGAGGAGCUACUCAAGUGUGAAGCAACAGGGAAGAGUAAAUCCUAUCAAGAGUUAGUUGGUACUUUAAAGAAAGGGGGCGGGGCACUGAUCCUCAACAUUAGGUCCAAAACAAACAACAUGAAGGCGAGUUCUGGCAUGAAAACAAGGUUGAAGCGUAAGGCCGGCAAUGAAGCACGCACUCUUCAGAGAAGCGGAUCUGCGUCACACCACCGUUCUCAGUCUGACUGCCUGCAGAGUCGCCUGCCAAUCACGCCGCAUUUUGGAAUGCCGCGCCCUCGCCGGCCUGUUUGCAGACAUGGCGUCACCCACGACAAGAGCAGCAAGGCGGUUGGAGAAGCUUGGACCGGGGCUACGUCCGGGCCUGACUCAGAGCUUCAAAAGAAUGAAGACGAAGAAGAAGAGUCACUGCUGUGUGAUCUAGAGAAGAUGGAUCUAUUAGGGGAGAUCUUUGACACGCUCAGCACCCGCAGCGUGCAUGACCGUGGCCAGCUGUAUGGCACACGAAGCCUGGACCUGUUUGGACCAGACAGUCACGACUAUAUCACAAAGCUCGGUCCAGCCAAUCCCAGCGAGGAGAGCCUCUCUUUGUCCACAAGUAGCAGUGGCAGCCUACACAGCUGGAAUCCAGAAUCCACAGAAGAGGCGUCCCCUCUGGUUGAUGACUCUUAUACAAACAACACCGUCAAGGAGGCAGCAGCAUUCGAAAGCGAGGAACAUGAAGAAGAAGGGCGGACACUGAGAGAGAUUGAUGGAGAAGAAAUGCAUCUUCGCUCAAAAGAAGAGGAAGAUCCAGAAAGGAGAGUGACUUUUGAACAGGGACCUGUGGAGGAAACAGGCGGGCAGGAUGACGGCGAGGAGUUGAGAAAGACCCAGCAAGAUGGAAAGAAGACUGAGAAACACCAUGUUGAGAAGAAAACAGCCAAAGCGCAGAAUGUAGCAGACGAGAAUGAAAGUAAAGAGACGGGCUUUACGGAGAAACUAGAGACUGAAAGAUUGCAGGUGGGGACGGAUGGACCGUGCAACAACAGUGAGAAUGGUCAAUCAUGCGAGCCGAAGGGCCAAUGGGGCACCGACAGCUGCAUCGAGCGAGAAAAGGAAGACCCGACUCCUGUCAAGGUGUCGGAACUUAAAAAGAGAUUUGAAGCUCAAUGGAGCAGCCACCCUGACUGACAGGAACACAAACAGCCAAAUUGGGGCCCUCAGCAGAAUUUUAUUUUGAGGCCCUCAAUUACAAAAAAAAAAAAUCCACACUUUAUUUGAAUUGAUUUUUAUAUUUUGUUAAUCACUGGUAAUUUAAUGUAGGUUGUUUUGUUUUUUUCAAAUUCAAGA